AUGUUGGGCGCCGUUGCGCUUGCCGCCGCCCGCCUCGGGCCCCGCCAGGGCCGCCGCCUGCUGUCUGCCGCCGCCACCCAGGCCGUGCCGACCCCCAACCAGCAGCCUGAGGUCUUGUACAAGCAGAUCUUUAUAAACAAUGAGUGGCAUGAUGCCGUCAGCAAGAAAACCUUCCCCACGGUCAAUCCAUCCACUGGGGACGUCAUCUGUCACGUGGCUGAAGGGGACAAGGCAGACGUGGACAGGGCAGUGAAGGCUGCCCGGGCCGCAUUCCAGCUGGGCUCACCCUGGCGCCGCAUGGAUGCGUCUGAGAGGGGCCGGCUGCUGAACCGCCUGGCUGAUCUGAUUGAGCGAGACCGGACCUACCUGGCAGCCUUGGAGACCUUGGACAACGGCAAGCCCUACAUCAUCUCCUACCUGGUGGAUUUGGACAUGGUCCUCAAGUGCCUGCGUUACUAUGCUGGCUGGGCUGACAAGUACCACGGGAAAACCAUUCCCAUCGACGGGGACUACUUCAGCUACACCCGCCAUGAACCUGUGGGAGUGUGUGGGCAGAUCAUCCCAUGGAACUUCCCGCUCUUGAUGCAAGCAUGGAAACUGGGCCCAGCUUUGGCGACGGGAAACGUGGUUGUGAUGAAGGUGGCUGAGCAGACUCCACUCACUGCCCUCUAUGUGGCCAACCUGAUUAAGGAGGCUGGCUUUCCUCCUGGUGUGGUCAAUAUUAUUCCUGGAUUUGGCCCCACAGCCGGAGCUGCCAUCGCCUCCCAUGAGGACGUGGACAAAGUGGCUUUCACCGGCUCCACUGAGGUUGGCCACCUAAUCCAGGUUGCUGCGGGGAAGAGUAACCUCAAAAGAGUGACCCUGGAGCUAGGAGGAAAGAGUCCCAAUAUCAUCAUGUCAGAUGCUGAUAUGGACUGGGCCGUGGAGCAGGCCCACUUCGCCCUGUUCUUCAACCAGGGCCAGUGCUGCUGUGCCGGCUCACGGACCUUUGUGCAGGAGGACAUUUACGCCGAGUUUGUGGAGAGGAGUGUUGCCCGGGCCAAGGCUCGUGUGGUUGGGAACCCCUUUGACAGCCGGACUGAGCAGGGGCCGCAGGUGGAUGAAACGCAGUUUAAGAAGGUCCUUGGCUAUAUCAAAUCUGGGAAGGAGGAGGGGGCGAAGCUGCUCUGUGGUGGGGGGGCGGCUGCCGACCGUGGCUACUUCAUCCAGCCCACCGUGUUUGGAGAUGUGCAAGAUGGCAUGACCAUCGCAAAGGAGGAGAUCUUUGGGCCAGUGAUGCAGAUUCUGAAGUUCAAGACCAUGGAGGAAGUCACUGGGAGAGCCAACAAUUCCAAGUACGGGCUGGCUGCAGCUGUCUUCACGACGGACUUGGACAAGGCCAAUUACCUGUCCCAGGCCCUCCAGGCCGGCACGGUGUGGGUCAACUGCUAUGACGUGUUUGGGGCCCAGUCGCCGUUCGGUGGCUACAAGCUGUCUGGGAGUGGCCGCGAGCUGGGGGAAUACGGGCUGCAGGCGUACACCGAAGUGAAGACCGUCACGGUCAGAGUUCCUCAGAAGAACUCCUAA